AUGCUGGCCGCUUCGAUAAAUUGGCUGCAGAUAGCAAAAAUCGUCGUCCCUCUUGUUCUCAUCGUGCAGCUACUGAUCUUCCUGACAAGCAAUGGCGACACAUCUAAGCUCGAGGGGUUCACCCGCCCUUUCAAGGGCGAAAAGCUAGCUUUCAUUUCUGAUUUCCUCAGCCAUGAGGAAUAUGGUGGUGCUUUCGACGGCCAGCCAAUCGCCGACAUGUGCGCGGGCAGGAGCUGGAAUCCGGACCGGAUAGUCCAGUGCGAUGCUGUGCCCGAGGGCGUUGGGACGGUGAGGAACGGUCAUCUGCAGUGUAUCCGGUUCGCCAUCGAGAUAGGAGCUGGCGGCCUCAUCCUACCAGAAAUCGUCAGGAGAUCAGAGCACAACAUUGCCGAGGCGAUUCCGAACGCCAAGGGCCCGCUUCGCGGCGUGGGCCUGGACUACUUCUUCGACAGCAACCACCUCACCUCAACCCUUACCAAGUUCUGUCCGCAGAUGAGGCUGUACCCUUCCAUCAACGGUCUGCACAACGUUCCCUCACUCCUGACCGGCGUCAAGGUCAAGCUCGACCAGCUGCAACCGCCCAGGAUCAACAUCAGCUCGACCGUUGUCGAGAAUCUGGAUCGCUUUUGGGAGCAGGUGAGGACGCUCAUUUCCAAGGAAGACGACGGAAAGCGCAAGCCUCUGAAGAUCCAACUGGCGUGGUCUCCGUUUUGGUAUAGUGUGGAUCACGACUCGCCCGAAUUUGUCAAGAGUUUUGGCCAGCUUUUGAGGACCCGACAUGACGUGCGACAGUCCGCCGGCUCAGUCCUUUACAGCUUGAAAACGCGCUUCAAUCUUGACCUGGACCCGAGGAAGCCGCCUAAGGGCCAAACCGGAGAAGAGGUUGCCCGCAAAGUUGCCGAAGGCAGAAGCUUUCUCGGAGUGCGCAUCAGGACCGACGCCGAUGCCAAAUCGAUGAAGUGGCCAAGUUACGACACACAGGCAACCUACUUCGAGCGUCUUGUCGGUCAGAACCAGAUCCCCGUCACUUACAUGGCCCAAGGUGCUGCAAAAGCGGACGUUCGCAACUUCAAGGCGAACUCGGCAGGUUUCAACGGUGUCGUGGUGUGCAAAGAGGACCUGCUCACGGGUCCCGAGCUCGAGACCUUGCAGAGUCUCAGCUGGGACCAGCAGGCGCUUGUCGACUAUGAGGUGAUGCUCUCGGCGGGGAUCAUUGCAGGCAUUGCUCACUCGAGCUUUUUGUGGAAUUUGGCGAUACGUCGGAGGGUCGACUUCUGGGGACCGAAGAAUCAGGGACAGAGUAAAAACGGCCUGGUGUUGCCCGAUGGCACCAUAACUUAUCAAGACCCAUACUCGAUCAUCUUUGGGCCUGGCGAGGGCGAGACCAGUGCUGUCCUGUCUGAGUCCAUGAGGCUCGCCAUAUGGCCCUGA